CUCCGACACUAACAUCAAAAUUUGUACACUGUAAUUGCUUAAAUAGUUUGAUUAAUGCACGCCAAUUGAGUGUCCAGUUUGCGUUUAGAAUGCCCACGUCCUUGUUUCGCAGUAAAAGAGCGUGGACCAACCAGCGGCCCAACAUGUCCAGGCUCAGCUUUGAGCUGCACUCGCUGCUGGGCGUCGUCGUGCGGGAAGAUGAAACGCCCAAGGAGCGUUAUCAAAGAGAGGGCAGAUUUGCUUGCAUGAUCAUUAAGAUAAUCAUACUGGUGGCGAUUUGGUUGUUCUUUGCUAUUAUGAUAAUGCUGGAGGAGCCGCACGAUCCGUUUCCCACCAUGCUAAUGCUGCAGGCCGAGCAGUAUUAUAAUUACACCAUCAAGGAGCCAACGGGUGGCUGUGGCUGCAUUGCCAUCGAGCUGAGUGGCGAGGUGAACGAGGAGUCGGCAAAGGCAUUGGAGCGAGCGCUGCGCUCCCAUGUGAAUCCCAUAAUGUUUAUACGAGUGCAACGCUUUAAUGCGAAGUCAAAUAACAGCGCUUGGGAGUCGCCCAAAUGGAGCAUCUACCUGGCCGACAUGGCCAAGAACAAAGUGGUGAAGAAAUAUUUUACAAUAGCCAAGCGAGAGGAGAGCGCAGACGAGGGUGAAAAACUGCAGCUGGCAUUCUUGACCGACCUACGCGAUGAGAUUGUUGUAUCGCUGAUUGUCAAUCUGAAUCCAGUGCCGCGCAGCAUGGGCAUCUGGGCGGGAUUUGUGCUGCUCUGCCUGCUCUACGUGCUGAUCAUCUUCGAUGUAGUCGAUCGCACAUUUGCCGCACUGCUCACAUCCUCGGCGGCCAUUGCCGUGUUGUGUGUCAUGCAUGCGCGGCCGACGCUUACGGUGCUCAUUUCGUGGAUCGACUGGGAGACCAUGAUGCUGCUGUUCGGCAUGAUGAUCAUGGUGGCCAUUCUGUCCGAGACGGGCGUCUUCGAUUACUUUGCCGUCAGGGCGUACAAAUACUCAGGCGGCAACACCUGGCCGCUCAUCUUCUUUCUCUGCUUCUUCGCCGGCAUACUGAGCGCCUUUCUGGACAACGUCACCAUUGUGCUGCUGAUGGUGCCUGUGACCGUGCGGCUGUGCGAGGCGCUAACGCUGCGUCCCAACUAUGUGCUGAUUACAGUGGCUCUAUUCUCGAAUCUGGGCGGCACCAUGACGCCCGUCGGCGACCCACCCAACGUCAUCAUAGCUACCAAUCAUUAUGUUAAGCGUGAUGGCAUUACCUUUAUGAACUUCACGGUGCAUAUGCUGCCAGGCGUGCUCAUCAGCAUGAUCAUUGCUUUCAUUUUGGUGUAUUUUAUGCUGCGCAAUAUUUUGUAUGUGCGCAGCGAGGCGCAAGUGGAGCAGAUGGUGGUCGCCUUGGAGAAGCAGGCGGAGCGCCAGAAUGCACAACCUAUGCCCACGCCGGAAAGUCUGCGCAAGGCCAUCAACGAGCGCAUUGCCGAGUCCCAGCAGCAUGCGCAGCACGCCAAAUUCUUCAGCCUGAAGCCCGUGCCCAACUUCGAGCGCACGCUGGACGAGAUGCAGAAGAUCUAUGUGGUGCGCGAUAGAAUUUUGCUAAUCAAGUGCGCCGUUGUGCUGUGCCUGACCAUCGUUUUGUUCUUUGCGCACUCGCUGCCCUUCAUGAAGGGUUUCACGCUCGCCUGGAUUGCCAUCAUGUGCGCCAUUCUGCUGCUCAUCUUGGCCAACCUGCCGGAUCUGAACGCGGCGCUGAUGUAUGUGGAAUGGUCGACGCUGCUUUUCUUUGCCGCACUGUUUAUCUUCAUGGAGGCGCUGGCCGAGAUGGGACUCAUCGAUUGGCUCUCAUGCUCCUGCUGUGGGUUGGCGCCAUCUUCUCGGCCUUUGUGGACAACAUACCCGUGACCACGAUGAUGCUCAAGCUCACCAUUCAGCUGGCCAACGAUGACAAGCUGCGUGUGCCCUUCUCGCCCAUGGUCUGGGCUCUGUCCUA